AUGGGUGGCAAUUAUUACGUACGUCUCAUUCUAAAUGUCCCAUUUAACAUUACCACCAACCGUACCUGUCUGCUUCCCCCUGUUAAGGGUAGAAAUUACAACGAAAAGAGCUUGCAUUUUCUUUAGAAAUUAUUGUGUAGGAGGAUUCGAAAAUCAAGGGGCAAAAGCAAGAUAGCAAACUUCAUUCACUUCCAUCUACCUUCGCUCAAAACUCUUUUCUCAACCUUUCUCUACUCUUAUUUCUUGCAAGAUGGCAACCAAGCUUUUUCUUGAUGCCUUGUCCGCUAUAAAAGAAGUUUUUGUCUCCAAGCUCGUUGACUUUUCCCUUGAGAAGCUGGCCUCAUCCGACCUCCUGCAAUUCGCUACUCAAAAAUGGUUCUUGAGGAGAUCCAGAACUUGGAGAAGGAACUGAAGCAGAUCCGUAGGGUGCUUGAUGAUGCUGAAGAGAGACAGAUGAAAGAGCAGCUGGUGAAAGACUGGUUGAUCGACCUCCAAAACUUGGCAUUCGAUGUGGAGGAUGUUUUGGACGAGUUUGCAACCGAAAUUGGCAGGCGCAAUCUGAUGAUGGAACGUCGAGGCAGCUCAAGUAAGAGCUCCAGACUCAAUAUUCCUCAUUCAUUCAAUGAUGUUCUAUUUAACAGAGAUAUAAUGUCCAAGAUAAGGGAUCUUACUGCCAAAUUGAAAGAUUUGGAACCUCAAAGAAACAAGUUAGAGUUACGAAUGACUGAUUGCGAAAGACCCACAAGACUAGAACAAAGACUGCAGCCUGCUUCUUUGGAGAUUGAAAAUCAUGUGUAUGGCAGAGACAAAGACAAACAGACAAUUCUUGAUUUGCUCUUGAAGAGUAACGACGAAAGAAAUUUUGUGAUUCCCAUCGUUGGGAUGGGUGGGAUUGGUAAGACAACCCUUGCCCAGCUUGUUUACAAUGAUGCUUCCAUUCCAAAUCAUUUUCACCUCAAAGCAUGGGCUUGUGUUUCUGAUUAUUUUGAUGUUUUGAGAAUAACGAAAGAAAUCUUGCAAUCAAUCACUUCCGUGUCAUGCAAUGAUAAUGAUCUGAAUAUAGUUCAAGAAAAGUUACAGAAGGAGUUGUCCGGGAAAAAAUUCUUAAUUGUUUUAGAUGAUGUCUGGAAUGAGAAUUAUCAUGACUGGACUAUCUUACAAUCUCCUUUCAAAACGAGGACUCAAGGAAGCAAAAUUAUUGUGACAACAAGAAACCACGGUGUUUCAUCAACAAUGGGUGCCUUGCAUGCUCAUUCCUUAGAGCUUUUGUCAACUGAUGAUUUUGUAUUUGCUCAACAUGCAUUGGGAGCAAGGGACUUUGAAGGACAUCCAAGCCUAAAGGAAGUUGCUGAGAAGAUAGUGAGAAAAUGCAACGGUUUGCCUUUAGCUGCUAAAACCCUCGGUGGCUUAUUGCGCACUAAUGUAGACCUUCAUGCUUGGGAAGAUAUAUUAGAGAGCGAGAUAUGGAAGCUAUCUAAAGAUCAGUCAAGUAUAAUCCCAGCUCUACAGGUAAGCUACCAUCAUCUUCCUCUACAUUUGAAGCGAUGCUUUAUGUAUUAUGCCAUUAUUCCCAAGGACUAUGAGUCUGAGAAGGAAGAAAUAAUCUUGUUAUGGAGGGCACAAGGGUUUCUACAAGAAGCACGAGAUAAACAGUGCAUCCAUGAUUUGGGUCACAAGUAUUUCAACGAUCUAGUGUCAAGGUCCCUUUUGCAAGUGUGCGUCAACAAUAAUUCUCGAUUUGUUAUGCAUGAUCUCAUUAAUGAUUUGGCUCAAUCGGUUGCCGGAGAAGUUUGCUUUAAAAUAGAGGAUAGUCAACGAAUUUCAAAGCAUGCUCGCCAUUUGUCUUACAUUGCUGAGAACUUUGAUGCCAUCAAAAAAUUUGAAGGCAUUUAUGAAGCGCAACAUUUACGAACCUUUCUUCCAUUAAGGUUGUCUUCGGUGUUUCGAACUCGUAACUUUCUAACCAAUCAUGUCCUAACGAAUUUGUUGCUAAACUUGCGAUGCUUAAGGGCACUUUCUUUGGAAGGGUACCAAAUCACCAUCUUACCAGAGUUUGUGGGAGAUUUGAAACUCUUAAGGUACCUCAACUUUUCUCACAAUGAAGUUAUAAAAUGCUUGCCUGAAUCACUUAGUACCCUUUACAAUUUAGAAACCUUUUUAUUAAAGGGGUGUGAUAACCUUGAGAAGUUACCGUCAGAGAUGGAAAAGUUGGUCAACCUAUGCUAUCUUGAUAUCACUGGUGCAGAUAAGUUAGAAAGCAUGGCAAGCAAUGUUAGCAAGCUAACUAAUCUUCAAAAACUUUCCAUUUUUGUUUUGGGUAAAGAGAAGGGACAUAAAAUAAGGGAGCUAAUGAAGUUGUCAAAUCUCAGGGGUGAACUUUGUAUUUCAGGAUUACAGAAUAUAGCUGAGUCUCGAGAUGCAUGGAUGGCUAGAUUAUCUGAUAAGUCGAGAAUUGGGAAUUUAAAAUUGCAGUGGAGCAAAGACUUUGUGAAUAGAAGAGAAGAAGUCGAGAAAAAGGUGUUGGAUGGACUUCAACCUUCUAAGAAGCUCAUGGAGCUCAGCAUUAAGUUCUAUUGUGCUGAAAUGUUGGCAAAUUGGGUGGGAGAUUCAUCCUUCAAUUGUUUACAAUCUUUAUGCCUUGAUGGUUGUAUAAAUUUAUUGUCAUUACCAUCAAUUGGGAAAUUGCCAUUGUUGAAAAAGGUACGUAUUAAAGGAUUGCGCAGUGUAAGGACUGUGGGAGUUGAGUUCUUUGGAGAGAAUAUGACCAACACAUUUUCUUCAUUGGAGAUUUUAGAGUUUGAGGACAUGCUUAAUUGGGAGAAGUGGAACUUGUGUGAAGUUGAUGAGGAAGCUAGGAAAUUCCCUAAACUUCGUGAACUCUUGAUUCAAAAAUGUCCCUUAUUGUUAGGGAGUAUGCCGGAAGACCUUCCUUCUUUGAAGAAACUUACUAUUGGUCUCUGCUGGAAGUUGAUAAUUUCUGUUCAAAACUUUCCAUUGCUUUCAGAAUUAGAAAUUCGCGGUUGCCACGAGGUAAUUUAUAAAGGUUUUGCAGAUUAUAGCUCCAUAAAAAGGAUCUCGUUUGGAAGGAUUUCCAAGUUUAGUUGUGCAGCAGAAUGAGUGAGGUUAAGAUCAAUCAAAGUGGAAUUGUUUGAGAUUGUUGAUUGUGAGGAAUUGUGCUCUUCUCGAGAGAACAAUUGGGGAUUGCUAACUCAGUCCAUGUCCCCCCAAUAUUUGAGAAUUUCCAAUUGUCCGCAGCUUGUAUCCAUAGGAACAGAAGAGGAAAGAGAAGAAUUGAUGCAAUUGAAGAUUCCUUCUAGCAUUGUAAGAAUGAGAAUAAAUAAUUGUGAAAGGCUAGAAAAACUAUCGACAACCUUGUACUCCCUCACAUUACUUAUGGAAUUAAAGCUUCUCGGUUGCCCAAAA